AUGCCCGACGCAUGGCAGCCGGCCGCCGAAUGGCAUGCGCUCGGCGAGGCGUACUACCGGCGGACAGCCGAGUACGAGAUGCAAUGGUCUCUGCAGCGGCUUGACGAGUUCCUCGUAGCGUCGUCGAGCGACGGCGGACUGAUCGCGCUUCUCCGGGACCCGGCGCAACUGGUCGCGCUCGGCGAAGUGGGCGCAGUGGAACCCAAGAUCCAAGUAUACACCGGUGCCGGGCAACUGCUCGAGACGCUUCCGUGGGACGGCACGCGUGUCGUUGGCCUCGGCUUUACGUGGCGCGACGAGCUUGCGGUGGUGACCGACGAAGGCCAAGUGCGCCUGUAUGCGCUCCUGGACCCCAGCCAUGCUGGCGCGGACAAGGCGCGCAUCGAGGCGACGCCGAGCACGCACUACGUUAUGCAGACGCUCGGCGAGAAUGCCGCCGAAGUCGGCGUCGCGAGCGUGCAGCUGCUGCCGACCUGUGCCUAUGCGCUGCUGCGGGACGGGAGCGUAGCGCAGUGUUUCUUUCCCGGCGUGCACGACGACUAUACCACCGAAUCACCGUGGGUGGAGCGCGGUGCACCGCGGCCGCCUGUGCAGUACCCCGUCGUGUCGGACGCGGAGCGCAUUUCUGCCUGGGGCGUCUGUGCCGCGUCGCAUACUGUGCUGAUCUCGACGCCCGAGGCGCUCUAUGCGCUCGAGGACGGCGCGUAUACGCCGCUUCCUACCGACGGUCCGCUGGAUGCGAUCUGUGCGAGUCCUGACGGCAAGCUCUUUGCUUUGCUCACGCACGACAAGCAGCUGCAGGUGGUCACGGCCGACCUGCAGCGUACGCUGCGCACCUGGGACGUGCGCACGUCUGAGGCGUACGCGACGUGCAGCGCUGCGCCGCCCAUUGCGGCGCCGCUGGCAGAGCCUGUGUUUGCGCCUGCACCCAAAGACAAAGGGGGCCUCGGAGGCACAGGCAUCACAUCGAUCGCGUGGUGCGGCGGCGAUACUGUUGCGCUCGCAUGGCACGACACGGUGCACGUCGUCGGCCCGGUCGACGACCCCCUGACGCUCAGCGUGCGUGGGGCGACCUAUCUCCAAGGCGAUGCGAGCGGCCUACAGAUGCUGCACGCCGAGGCGCACGAGUACCUCGACAAGGUGCCUGCCGCGUCCGAGGCGGCGCUGCGGCCUGGCUCGACGCACGUCUCGACGAUCCUUUUGGAUGCGUCGCAGCUUGCCCAGCGCAGCAACCCCCGUGCAUACGAAGCGGUGCAAGCGAUCCAGCACGAUCUCGUGCCCGCCGUCGAGACGUGUAUAGCGGCCGCGUCCCAGGCGUGGGACGUGCAUACCCAGCAAAAGCUACUCAAGGCUGCACUCUUUGGCAAGACGUUUGUCGACGUGUACGACACCGCGUCUUACCUGCAAGUCGCACGCACGCUGCGUGUGCUGAACGCGGUGCGCGACUACCGCAUCGGCAUCCCCGCGCAGUACGCGGCGCUGCACGACGACGGCGUGUCGAUGCUCCUCUACCGACUGUGUGUGCGGCACCAGCACCAUACCGCGGAGCGCAUCUGCAGCUAUCUCCAGGUACGGGCCGACCAGGUGCUGAAGCACUGGGCGCGCGCCAAGGUUGCCCACGCGCGGCCCUCUGUGCGUACCGACGACGACGCAUCGCUCGCGCAGGUUAUCAUUGCCAAGUUCGAGGCAGCCGGCGCGCUGAACUAUGCCGAGAUUGCGCUGACGGCGUGGCAGGCCGGCCGUGCGCGUCUCGCUACCGUGCUGCUCGACCACGAGGCGCGUGCCAUCGGCCAGGUGCCCCUGCUGCUGCACAUGCGUGAGCACCGCCUUGCGCUGCAGCGCGCGGUCGAGUGCGGCGACUCGGACCUGAUCUACUAUGUGCUCUUCCGCCUGCAACAGCGCAUGUCGCGUGGCGAGUUCUUCCGCAUCGUCCAGGCGCCGCUCCAGGCGCCCGAGCCGCGCGUGGCAGGCGAUACGGUCGGCGUGCGCCCCCCCAGCGAGGCAACGUACACGCACCUCGCCGCGUGCCUUCUCGAGCGGUACGCACGCGAGCAGGACAAGGAGCUGCUGCGCGACUUUUACUUCCUGGACGACCGGCGUGUCGACCAAGGCCUCUUGAGCGUGUCCGAGGCGCCGCGCGACGCACAGCACGUUGCCGAGCGCGUCCAUGCGCUGCGCGACGCCGCGAAGCACUUUGCGGAAGACCGCGAGCACGUGCAAGAUGCGCGGCUGUGUGAAGAGGGUGCGACACUGCUCGGCUUCCAGGCGGGCCUCGACAAGGAGCUGGCCGGGAUGGGCGUGCGGCCGUCGUGCGGCUCGCUUGUCGGCCUGCCGCUGGCAAAAACGAUCGAGGUUUGCGUGCAGCACGGGCUAUACAAACGUGCUGAACGCCUCAAGCACGACUACAAGAUGCCGGAGCGCGCCUACUUUGCGGUCAAAAUGCAAGCGCUGAUUGCUAUGGCCGACUGGAAAGCGCUCGCGGGCCAUGUCGGGCGGCGGCCGCCGGGCGGCUUUGAGCCAGUGGUCAGCGCACUCUGA